AUGGCUCCUUCCGCCCGCAGCCGUGUCUUCUUCGACAUCUCCAUUGGCGGUGUCGACAAGGGCAAAGUCGUCUUCGAGCUCUACAACGACAUCGUUCCCAAAACCGCCGAGAACUUCCGCGCACUAUGCACAGGAGAGAAGGGCACCGGCAAGUCCGGCUCACCGCUGCACUUCAAGGCCUCUGCCUUCCAUCGCGUCAUCAAGCAAUUCAUGAUUCAAGGUGGUGACUUCACAGCUGGCAACGGUACCGGCGGCGAGAGCAUCUACGGCGAGAAAUUCGACGACGAGAACUUCCAGCUUAAGCACGAGAAGUCCUUCCUCCUCUCCAUGGCCAACGCUGGGCCCGGAACCAACGGCAGUCAGUUCUUCGUCACGACUGUCCCCACGCCCCAUCUGGACGGCAAGCAUGUGGUAUUCGGCGAGGUCAUCAGCGGUAAGAGCGUGGUGCGAGAAGUGGAGAACACACCUGUUGGACCAAACGACAAACCGGAGAAGGACUGUGUCAUCACAGACUGCGGCGAGCUUGCACCAGACGCCAACGUCGCGGAGCUCACGAAGAAGCAGAAGGAUGCUACCGGUGAUGACUACGAAGAUUUCCCAGAGGAUCAGCAGAAGGAGGGUGAGGAGUGGAAGGGAACAGAGUUGGCGGACAUUGUGGACAAUAUCAAGUCGUAUGGCACCGCGGCGUUCAAGGGCACUGAUCACGAACUGGCGUUGAGCAAGUACCAGAAAGCUCUGCGAUACCUACACGAGUACCCGGCGCCGCUGGACAGCGAUCCGCCAGAGUUGGGACCGCGACUUAUCAAGCUCAAAGUCUCCCUCCACACGAACAGCUCGCUGAUGCAGUUCAAGCUCGGCCGAUUCCGUGAUUCGUUCGAGUCGGCGGAGAAGGCGAGUGUGGUGGAGGGCAUCUCGGACGCCGAGAAAGCGAAGGCGUUGUACCGUCAGGGUCUGGCGAUGAAGGGGCUGAAGGACGAAGAUGGUGCGUUGAAGUAUCUGGACGAGGCUGCGAAAUUGGCGCCGAAUGAUGCUGGUGUCAAGAAUGAGUUGGCGGCGGUGAAGAAGGCUGCGGCUGACCGCAAGGCGAAAGAGCGCAAGGUGUACUCCAAGGCGUUUGCCUGA